AUGUCAGUCCUUCAAUCAGCCUCUUCAGCAAUCACCCCUUUUUUCAGCUCUUUAGCUUCAGGAGAUGAUGGUUCUACCACAAAUUCUACCUCAACAUCAUCCAACGAGGAGCAAAAACAACUUUUUGUUAAUGAAGCAUGUUUAGAGUUUUUGAUUAUGGAAAUGGUGGAUCUAAUGUUUCGCACAACCACAGAUUCUGAAAAUGAUAAAGAAGCCGUAUUUUAUAAAUUAGAAAUGUUAGGAUAUCAAGUUGGUCAAAGCUUAGUUGAAAGAGAUCGUCCACGCUUUGUUGAUACUCUUGAUGUUGUUAAAUAUAUAUGUAAAGAUCUUUGGGGCAUAAUCUUUAAGAAACAAAUUGACAAUUUGAAAACUAAUCAUAGGGGUGUAUAUGUACUUCAAGAUAAUAGUUUUAGAUGGUUUUUUAGAAUGUCAACAGAAGCCGGAAGUGCUGAUGCAGCAAAAAGGGCAAUUUCUUAUCUUUGGUUCCCGUGCGGACUGAUAAGAGGAGCAUUGGCUAAUUUAGGUGUCGUUAGCACAUUUCAAAUCAAAAUUGCCAAAUAA